AAGGUUCCACCUAUACUGUUUUCUAAAUCUCAAAUCUAAUAAGCAUUUGAGGUAACGAAAGAAAUGAUGAUCAUCCGCACAUCAUCUAUCUUUGCUUUCUUAGUACUGCUAAUGAUUGAAUCAGCAGCAGGCCAGGCUCUGGUGAAGCCUGGUUGUCGUCAAGACUCUUGUGGGAAUGUCAGCAUUCCAUACCCCUUUGGAAUCGGAACAGAUUGCUGCAUGAACAAAGGGUUUGAGGUCUCCUGUGAUGACACUUCCGAACCUCCUAGAAUAUUCCUAAACCUAACCAGCGGAAAAAUAGAGGUACUGUAUUUCUCUCUUGUUCCCAGCUUUAUUAGAGUCAAACUACCCAUAAACUGCCUGAGGUGUACCAAAGCGUUGGCACCUUUGAAUAUUUCUGGAAGUCCUUUUAAGUCCGUCUGGUCAGCGGACACCUUAGAGGAAGAAUAUCUUCCAGGCGUGUUAGAAUGGGGGAUUACUGAUGCGGAUGUAUCAAAAUUGCCACCUACAUAUGAGAAUGCAUUUAAUUGUUCCCAGUUUAGUGGUACUAAUGAUACUACUCGUUAUGGUUAUUAUCGCGUGUUUUACGGGGAUAAUACUAAUCUUUCGAUGUCCUCAAGUGCAAAUCAACAAUGUGUUUGUGAACGUGGAUUUCAAGGCAACCCUUAUCUACCUCAUGGAUGUCACGGUGAACUUCUAUCUCCUUCACUUUUUCUCUAGCUAUAUCUGUCUCGUUUCUUUUAUUUAUAAUAUUUAUUAUUUAUUAUUUUUUUACAAUCAUCUAUCAACUUUGUUUUGUUUGAAAAACAUUAAACAUAAUAAGGGAAAAAAAGUUUUAGUGCUUGUAACAUAAGUUUUUUUAGAAAACAUUGGAUAUUUAUUCGGCCUUUUGAUCCUGGUUAGUUUUACAAGAACCUGCAAUAAAACUAACCAAGGGCA